GUCACUAUCCCAUCCCCGGUAUUAAUGCACGUGCAUUUGUUUUUGGUUGGUUGUCAAUAAUUGUUUCUCCAAAAAUUAUGGUAAAUAAAAUCAAAAUCGAUAAAGACAAUGAGGACGGAUUCUACGAACCGUCUGAUUCCGAGGACGAUUACAAUGAACGAGAGAAGAAGCUGUUAAAAAAAGUGCGUAAUAGAAAGAAACGCGAUACCGAUGACAACAUAGCAGUGCUCGGUUUCGACGAAGAAAAAAAUGAAGAUGAUGAUGAGGACGAUGAUGAUUUCGACGAUAAGUUUGAGGGUGAAAGUGAUUUCGAAGACGAAAGAGAUGAUGGAAUUCCGGAUGCACGAGCUUGGGGCCAGAAGCGAAAGGAUUUCUAUUCGACCGAUUUCGUCGAUCCAGACUAUAGUAGCUUCAAUGACAAGGAAGCAGAACUCGCCGAACAGGAAGAAAUUGAGUCGAAGGCUAUUCAACUGCGCUUGGCCCAACAGCUGAACGAGGCGGACUUCACGCUGAAUGUGUACGGAACAGCUGCCGUAUCCGAGAAGGAUGAAACUGAAGCGAAAACGCACCUGAAAAGUGAUUUGUCCGACCUGUCUCAUCGGCAAAAGGUUCAGCUAUUCAAAAAAGAUUCACCCGAAUUCGAAGGACUUGUACAGGAUUUCCAACAACAUCUAGAGGAAAGCCAAAGUUUAUUGGAGCCGAUUUUGGACUACGUUGAAAAGAACAAGCUGCCGUCGCUGCCAAUAUUUGAAUUCGUCGCUACAAAGAACAAUUUGAUCUUAACAUACUGCAGCAAUGUGUCGUUCUAUCUGGUAUUGAAAGCUCAACGUUCUUCAAUCAAAAACCAUCCACUUGUUAAACGAUUGGUUCAGAUGCGUCAGCUGUUGCAGCAACUUCAAGAAAAGUACGAUCGUGUGAUAAAGCCACAGCUGGAGAAAUUUCUGCAAGAUAUUCGUGAUGGACACGAACUAAUAUUUGAAGAUUCACCCAAGAAAAUGGCAAAGAAAUCUAAGAAACUUCAACUAUUGACCGCAAUGGAUGUGGACCAUGGCAAGGAAGACGAAGCAGCAAGCGAUGAAGAUGAAAAAGAAACUCCGAACAUGGAAACAGACUCAGAGAACGAACAAACGGAUGAGGACGGAGAACAUGCUGAUGGCAACGACGACGGUGCCGACGAUCGACGUCAAAUUACUUACCAGAUGUCAAAGAAUAAGGGUCUCACACCGCAUCGGAAGAAGGAACUUCGAAAUCCGAGAGUCAAACAUCGCAACAAAUUCCGAAAGGCAAUCAUUCGUCGCAAGGGUGCUGUACGUACGGUGCGCAAGGAACUGAAACGAUAUGGUGGAGAAGUGUCGGGUAUUAAAGCUACAACGAAAAAGGGCGUCAAAAUUCAUUAACAUGCGCUGUUCAAGAGAAUAAAGAUUAUUGUUGGUUCAA